AUAACAUCAGCAGCGGGAAGAACCUGCAUCAGUCAAAUAGCGGCAUCUCUUACAAUGCACCCCAACAACUGACUGCAAGCAGGACUGCACCCCAACAUCUCACUACAGGCAGGACUGCACCCCAACAUCCCACUACAGGCAGGACUGCACCCCAACAUCCCACUACAGGCAGGACUGCACCCCAACAUCCCACUACAGGCAGGACUGCACCCCAACAUCCAACUACAGGCAAGACUGCACCCCAACACCUGACUGCAAGCAGGACUGCACCCAACAUCUCACUACAGCCAGUACUGCACCCCAACAUCCGACUGCAAGCAAGACUGCACCGCAACAUCCGACUGCUGACAGGACUGUACCCCAACAUCUCACUACAGCCAGUACUGCACCCCAACAUCUCACUACAGCCAGUACUGCACCCCAACAUCUCACUACAGCCAGUACUGCACCCCAACAUCUCACUUCAGCCAGUACUGCACCCCAACAUCUCACUUCAGCCAGUACUGCACCCCAACAUCCGACUGCAAGCAAGACUGCACCGCAACAUCCGACUGCUGACAGGACUGUACCCCAACAUCUCACUACAGCCAGGACUGCACCCCCAACAUCUCACUGCAAGCAGGACUGCACCUCAACAUCUUACUGCAAGCAGGACUGCACCUCAACAUCUUACUGCAAGCAGGACUGCACCCCAACAUCUUACUGCAAGCAGGACUGCACCCCAACAUCUUACUGCAAGCAGGACUGCACCCCCAACAUCUGACUUUAAGCAGGACUGCACCCCAACAUCUUACUGCAAGCAGGACUGCACCCCCAACAUCUGACUUUAAGCAGGACUGCACCCCAACAUCUUACUGCAAGCAGGACUGCACCCCAACAUCUGACUUUAAGCAGGACUGCACCACAACAUCUGACUGCAGGCAAGUCUGUACCCCAAAAUCUGACUGCAGGCAGGACAGAACCCCAACACCCCACUUCCGGAGUACUGCACCCAAAAUGUUAGUGCAGGCAGGGCUUUCCCCCCCACAAUUUCACUGCAGACAGGAGUGCACCCCAAAACCUAAUUGUAGAUAAGACUGCACCUCAAAAUCUGUCAACAGACAGGACUGCUACCCCAACAUCUCACUGUAGGCAGGACUGCACCCCAACAUAUCUCUGCAUAGAGAGCGACCUUCAAGUUUCUCUAUGUUGCUAAAACCGCACCUUAAAACUUUUUUGCAGGUUGGACUGCACCCCAGCACCUCUCUGUAGACAGGACUCAAUUCCAACAUUUUAUUGUCCGACAGGACUGCACCCCAUAAUCUAAGUGCAGGGAGGGCAUCACCUCAACAUUCCUCACUAGACAGGUAUGCCCUCCGCACCUCACUAAAGGCAGGGCACCUCCCCUACACCUAUCUGCAGGCAGGAGUGCUACCCAACACCUCACUGCAGGCAGGACUAUACCACAACACUGGACCUUUUGCAAGCAGUUCCAUACUCACACAGGAUGCUCCCUGCACCCCAAGUCUGACCUCCCUCUGGCAAGCCUAGAGUACUAAAUUAAACCUUUAAAUCCUCCCUGACCACCCAUUCAAUCCUCACUUCCCUCCCCUAGCUACAUCUAUACACUCCCCAAAUCUGGAAGAAGCCUCUCCCCCCACCCCUGGUCCCUGCAAGACUUGGACAAGAAGCAGCAGCAGCCUCAUGGUGUGGAAGCUGGACCUCACCUAGCCACCAGGGGAUCCCCAAUGUUUAAAGUAAUCCACCAACGAGCAGCGUUGAAGCAAACUGCUGAUCUCACGCAGAGUUGGUGAAAAGAGGCGACGUGGGCAAAUUACUCAAAAUGAAACAAUCAAUUUGAUCAACUGCGCUGUCAGCAUUUCAGAGAGAGAAUCUGAACCUUAAAGGUUUAGUCCAAGCAGGGAACAUCGCUAUCUGAGCCAGGUCACGUUUGAGGACAUAAAAUAGCUGUAAUUUAGAGGACAGACGGCUUGUCAUCACGUAAGCCAGUUUAUUGCAAAGUACAGGUGGUUAAUGGAGAGAAGGUCGAAUGACAGCCGGGACUGUUGUCAUCACCGGUGGAAUAUUAGCGACUGUUAUCCUUCUCUGUAUAAUCGCCGUUCUUUGCUACUGUAGGCUACAGUAUUACUGCUGCAAAAAGGAAGAUUCGGAAGAGGAUGAGGAGGAGCCUGACUUUGCCGUGCAUUCUCGCUUCCCGCCGGUGCAUUGUAACCGGAAUGUAGUGCUGGCGAAUGGCCCUUCCAUCUAUUCCUCGCCAUAUAACAAAAAGCACCAGCACUGCAGGAGUGUGUGCCAAGGCUGCACGCACCAUGAGGCCCCUGCGUUCCUCCUGCACCCACCUGAGGAGAUCCGCAAUGGAGGGGAACGCAUCACUUACAAGACAAUCAGCCAGGAGGAGAUUGAACUACCGGUGAAUCUGGGUAACAUGCAGGUGCUUAAUCCCAACCGGCUAUCUGCCAUGAGGGAAGCUUUUUCCCGCAGCCGAAGCAUAAGCACUGAUGUGUAAGGAAAGAGGUCUUCCCUUCAAACUGGCCCAGGUUUUAUCCUCAAGUUGGCAUAGGUCCUCCUCCUCCUAACAAAGACCCACGUUGCAGACUGGCACAGACCAUCCCUCCAUAAGGCACACACCUACUGUCCAGAUUGGCACUAAAUCUUCUUCUAGACUACCACAGGCCAUCUCUUUAGACUGGGACAGACCGUCCAUCCAGAGAGCAAAUGUCCACACUCCAGAUUGGCCCAGAAUUUCCUUCCAGUCUGGCAAAGACGGUCAUUCCAUGCUGGCACAGAUUCUCCCUCCAGACUGGCUCAGACCCCCCCCCC